AUGGCUCGGGAAGAGGGUACAACAACGAACGGAGCGGCGGAAGGAGACGAGGAGGACGAGAUGAACCGAGCAGGGAAAAGAGGGAAGAAGAGAAGAAGCAAGAGCGACGUUGUCAAAUAUCUCCCUUCCGCUUUUUUGUCUUUUGAAUUUCGCGGCUAUGUACAAAGCGCUACAGAGGUCGUAUCUGGCAAUACUAUACACCAUUUCAAAGGUCUUGACAUAACCUACAAAACGACGCUAUGCAUGAUUAGUUUGGAUAUUGCGUUCAACAGUUAUAGACGUGUAAACAUGGAGUUCACUAACGCCGAAAUUCGCGCUAUUUCGUUGAUGACUCGUCAGAAGCUACGGGAGCUCGGAUGGGAGGUUUUAUCGCAUCCACCAUAUAGCCCGGACAUAGCGCCAAGUGAUUACCACCUGUUCUUGUCCAUGGCGAACGCCCUUGGUGGUGUAAAGUUGAACUCAAUACAGGAUUGUGAAAAGUGGCUGUCCGAGUUCUUCGCAAGUAAGGAGGGGGGCUUCUACGAGGGGGGUAUUAUGAAGUUGCCGUCUAGAUGGAAACAGAUUAUCGAACAAAACGGCGCAUAUUUGAACUAAAUCCGAUCACUGUAACACUUUUUAAAGAGCAAUAAAGCGGAAGGGAGAUAUUUG